AUGCCAAACUUUACUAUCGAACAGAUUAGAGAGAUCAUGUACAAGCCUGAUAACAUCAGGAACAUGUCAGUUAUUGCCCAUGUUGAUCAUGGUAAAUCUACCUUGACAGAUUCGCUCAUUGCUAAGGCAGGAAUCAUUAAGGAGGAUAAAGCUGGAGAAGUCAGAGCUACUGAUACCAGACAGGACGAGCAGGACAGAGGAAUCACCAUAAAAUCUACCGGUAUCUCAUUGUACUACGAGGCUGACCCAACCGGACUUGACAAGGCAGAGAACAAAGAAGGAUUCUUGAUCAACUUGAUCGACUCUCCUGGACACGUCGAUUUCAGUUCUGAAGUAACUGCGGCCCUCAGAGUAACUGACGGUGCCCUCGUUGUCGUCGAUUACGUCGAAGGUGUCUGUGUCCAGACCGAGACUGUCCUCAGACAAGCCCUCGCUGAGAGGAUCAAGCCAGUGCUCAUGGUCAACAAGAUUGACAGAGGUAUCCUCGAACUCGAGGCCGAAGGAGAAGAUAUGUACCAACAAUUCGCAAGAGUAAUUGAGAGUAUCAACGUUAUCAUCUAUACUUACGAGAAAGCCGGAAAGGACGCUGAAGCUGCUGCCCUCGAAGACCAAAAGGCUACCGAUGGAGAUGAUGGUGAAGAAGAGAAGAAGGAAGAAAAGAAAGAAAUCAAGAAAGCAUCCAUGGGAGAAUUGCAAGUUAGCCCAGUUGGCGCCACUGUUGCCUUCGGAUCCGGAUACUACGGAUGGGCCUUCACCCUGACCAAGUUUGCCAGAAUCUACUCCGAGAAAUUCGGUAUUGACCAAGACAAGAUGAUGUCUAAACUCUGGGAUGACAACUACUAUGAUGCUGAAGCCAAGAAAUGGAAGAAACAUGACAAGCCAGACAAAGGCGACGCCCCACUGACCAGAGCUUUCGUCCAAUUCAUCAUGGACCCAAUUGUCAGACUGUCCAGAGCCGUCAUGAACGACCAGCCCAAGAGAGUCUGGAAAAUGUGCAAGGCUUUGAACAUUGAAAUCAAAGAAGCCGAGAAAGAGAAGGUUGGGAAAGAACUUUUCAAGUUGAUCUUCCAGAGAUGGCUCAACGCUGCAGACGCUCUAUUGGAAAUGAUUGUCAUGAGUCUCCCAUCCCCAAGAGCAGCCCAGGCAUACAGAGUUGACUAUCUGUACGAAGGACCGUUGGAUGAUGAGUGCGCUAAUGCUAUCAGAAACUGUGACCAAGACGGUCCAUUGAUGGUGUUCAUCUCUAAAAUGAUCCCAACCAACGAUAAAGGAAGAUUCUACGCUUUCGGAAGAGUCUUCUCUGGUAUCGUAAGAUCAGGAGAGAAAGUCAGAAUCAUGGGUCCAAACUACACUCCAGGAAGCAAGACCGACUUGAACAUCAAGAGUAUCCAGAGAACUGUGCUCAUGAUGGGAGGAAAGGUCGACCAAGUUCCAGAUGUCCCAUGUGGUAACACUGUCGGACUUGUUGGUAUUGAUCAAUAUCUCAUGAAGCAAGGAACCCUCUCAACCUCAGAAGCCGCCCAUAACAUCAAGGUCAUGAAGUACUCAGUGUCUCCAGUCGUCAGAGUCGCUGUCGAAGCCAAGAAUGCUUCUGACUUGCCAAAACUCGUUGAAGGACUUAAGAGACUGUCCAAGUCAGACCCAUUAGUGCAGUGCUCAACCACUUCAUCAGGAGAACACAUCAUUGCUGGAUGUGGAGAACUCCACGUUGAGAUCUGUUUGAAGGAUCUUGAAGAAGAAUUCGCUAAGAUCCCAAUCAACAAAUCAGAUCCGGUCGUAUCCUACAAAGAAACCGUGACUGUUGAAGAGAAGUCUGAGACCUGCUUGGCCAAGUCACCAAACAAGCAUAACAGAAUCCACAUGCAGUCUGAGAGACUCGGUGAAGAACUCUCCAACGAAAUUGAAGAAGAAAAGAUUGGUCCCAAAGGUGAUGUCAAGGUCAGAAACAGAGUCCUCGUCGAUGAGUACGAUUGGGACAUCAACGAAGCCAAGAAAAUCUGGUUCUUCGGCCCAGACAACAUGGGACCAAACAUGCUUGUGGAUACCACCAAGGCUGCUCAGUACUUGAACGAAAUCAAGGACUCCAUGAACAACGCCUUCCAGUGGGUAACCAAGGAAGCCCCUCUCACUGAUGAAAACAUGAGAGGAGUCAAGCUCAACAUCAUGGAUGUAACUUUGCACGCUGAUGCUAUCCACAGAGGAGCCGGUCAGAUCGUCCCAGCUGCCAGAAAAGCCAUGUUCGCUGCUCACUUGAGCGGAGGCCCAAGACUCCAGGAGCCAGUCUUCUUGGUCGAAAUCCAGGCACCAGAAGACGCCAUUGGUGGCAUCCACACUGUGCUCAACAGAAGGAGAGGAGAAUACAUUGACGAAGAGCAAGUCGAGGGAACCCCAUUAAAGAUCAUUAAGGCUUACUUGCCAGUCGCUGAGUCCUUCGGGUUCACCCAACAUUUGAGGACUGAGACCUCCGGAAGAGCUUUCCCACAGUGUGUCUUCGAUCACUGGGAAGUCGUCAACUCAGACCCAUACAAGGAAGGAACUACUUCAUUCGAUAUUGUUAAGGAAAUCAGAAAGAGAAAGGGACUUAAGGAAACUUUGCCAGUUCCAGAAGACUAUACUGACAGAAUGUAAAUUCUUCAUACAUAACCAAGGUUUAAUUCUACUUUGCUUUGUUG